AUGGAAUCUAUCGAACAACAAGAAGCGAAGACGAACCCGGAAAUUCUGCGCGAGAAAAGCGUUAGAAUAUAUUAUUCGCCCCCCCAGUCUUCCAAAAAAGUUAUCACCAUUCCUCAUUCAACGUACGACGCCGCUCCCCUUUUGCACUCUUACGACGACAGUCCGCAACGUUGGGAUAAUACCAACGGGCAUCAAGCAGGCGUCAUCAUAGAUCAGUUCCGGAGCGGUAAAACGAUCACCAUUGAGGGAGGCACCAGUACCGGUGACACGAGCAUCGGCGGCGGCAGCGAUUUACGACUGGUAAUAACGGCUAAUCAAAACGAUAGUGAGCGCAAUUACGACCAGCUCAGUAAUCGAGGCGGCGGAGGAGGCGGCGGCGUUAUAGGCGUCAGCUGCGGUGGCCAAACACCACCGACACCUACGGUCGGCAAGACUCUGCUCAACACCAGCCCCAAUUUACUACCGAUUACAACCGCUACCGAUACGUUUAAUAACCUUAAGAAUCUGGUGAAAAUCGACAAGGGUUCUUCACCCGCAUCGAAUCACGCCGGCGGCAAUAGCAACUAUCGCAUCAACAAGGGUGCAGGCGGUGGGUCCAGUUACAAAUCUGGCAGCGGUAGUUCGCAAGUGGUAGGCAACGAAAGCAUUGGUAGAAACGGCGCACUUGGCCGAUCAGUUGGUGGCCAAUCUGGACACUUUUCUACUGGAUAUAAUAAAAAUUCCGCCAAAAUUCGUCAACACGAUUCGGAAGUGAGCCCAAGACCUCGACGAUCUUACCAGGGUGACUCGUCGUCGUCGCGUUACUAUAACAAAAAUAGUGACAUUUUGGGUCAAAGCAGCAAUCAGUCGCAGCCAAACUCAGUAGUUACUGGAGGCAGCGCUGAUACAGCAUAUAACGGUGGUCGCUAUACCAUCGGCAGUGAGCAACAAGCUGGAGGACAUCGCGGUGGUGGUGGUCGCAACUAUCACCAAAACUCUGAUGGCGGCGGCUACAAUCGCAAUCUAAACUCCAACGGCGGUGGCAGCGGUGGUGGUAACUAUCGCUCCCAACAGCACCACCACAACUCACGCUACGAGAACGGCAAUGGAAAUGGACAACAGCGUCAUUACGGCAACUCCACGUCGAACGCUAGCUACAAUAACAACAACCAGCAGAACAACGGCAGCAACAAUCCCAAGUCAUCAUCAUCGUACGGGCCGCGUGGUGGCAACGAUAGCAAUGUUGGCCUGAAUGUGCGCUCGAAUUACCGCGACGAUUACAACACCAACAACAGUUAUCGCGACUACGACGACUCACCGGCUCACCAGCGCUAUAAUAGUGGGGGCAGUGGAAACGGCACCGGAGCGGGCAACACAAACAGCCUAGAACGCAACGGCCACGGAGGCGGCGGUCGGUUUCGAUCGGGAGCUGACUCGCUACCGCCAUCCGCUUUGCGCAACGACGAUCGUUACGAGCGGGGGCAAAACAACCGUACGCCCCCGGUGCGGAACGGCAAUGUGUCUUCGGCACAGGCUUCUACUUCAGCUUCAACUUCUAACUCUUCGAAUACUUCUCUAAACGCAAAUCGCGGCCCUUCUACACAGCAGGAUUCGGUGAAUGUGGCUCAGCAGCCGUUGAAGUCAGCCACACCACCACCUGUCGCUGGCCGCUGGAUACCACCAUCUUUGCGACCACAGCAUGGACUCACCCAGAGCGAGAAGAACGACGCAGUGUUCCGUAGAGUGCGUGGCAUAUUAAAUAAAUUAACUCCGGAGAAGUUCCAGGAAUUGAGCGAUGAGUUGCUUAAGCUUGAUUUAAAUACAAUUGUCAUACUCAAUGGCGUUAUUUUGCUGAUUUUCGACAAAGCAUUGGACGAGCCGAAGUACUCGUCUAUGUAUGCACAGCUGUGCAAGCGUCUCUCCGAGGAAGCACCAUCUUUUGAAAAGGAACCGAAUAAUUCGUGCACAUUCUUGCGCUUGUUAAUUGCUGUUUGUCGCGAUAAAUUUAACAAUCGUUUAAAGCGUGACGAGAACGACAAUCGACCACCAGCCGAAAAUGAGGCCGACGAGGAAGAGAGACGCCACUUGGCGAAACAGCGGAUGCUGGGGAACGUCAAGUUCAUCGGUGAGCUCAACAAGUUGGACAUGUUGUCGAAAAAUGUGUUGCACCAGUGCAUCAUGGAGCUAUUGGACAAGAAGAAGAAGCGUACGGCCGGUGCGCAGGAAAUGUGCGAGGACAUGGAAUGCUUGGCUCAAUUGCUCAAGACUUGCGGCAAGAAUUUGGAUUCAGAACAGGGCAAAGAGCUGAUGAACCAGUACUUUGAGACGUUGGAACGUCGUUCAAAGUCAACUGAAUAUCCACCAAGGAUACGCUUCAUGCUAAAGGAUGUUAUCGAACUGCGCCAGAAUCACUGGGUGCCACGCAAGGUAGGCACAACCGAGGGACCAGUGCCGAUAAAGCAAAUACGCUCGGACGACGACUCGAUAAUACGCACGCCAUUCGCCAAUCGGAAUCGCGAUAUGCGCAAUAAUGAUCGUGACGGAGAUAGCUGGAUGAACCGAUGGAUGAAUCUUCAGCCCGGUGGCUACAAUGAUAUGUUCAGCGGCCUUAGUGUAACCGGUGCCUCGCCUAUUGUAUCACCAUUUGCAACCAGUGCAAAUAACCAACGUGAGAAUCGUCAAUAUAAUAACCGUGAUCGCAACAAUCAGAGUGGCGGUGGAGGCAAUUACAACAAUCGCUAUAAUAAACAUAACCAGAAUAGCGGCGGUAAUGGUGGAAAUCGCGAGGAUUCACGCAACUCCUCUCAUAGAAACAACGAUCGAAACGAUGCCCAAUAUGGUGGUAAUCAACUGCUGGGCAGCAAAGAGCUGGCACCGCGUUUCAAACGUAAUUUGAUCUCGACAAAUCAAGAUGCAGUCGAAAAUUUGCAAAUGCGUCCGGCUGCCAACUCCUUGCUUUUCCGAGCAGCUUCUCAGAAUCAGAAAUUUCCGACAACACUUCCCAUAUCAACACCACCCAAUGUUAAUGGCACCUCACAAAAUAAGGAGCAGCAGCCACAGCUGUCCAAUUCUCAUUAUCCUUUGCUUGCAACUCCAACUUCUCAUCUAAUCAAUCCAACGCGUCCGGCAUCCACUCCGUCGGCGGAAUAUGCUGAGAACAAGCAAACACAGGCAUCUCAUUUGCAGGGUGGCGCUGAGAAGGGUCUAAAAGCCACAUCGUCCUCGCCCAAUUUUGGAACAACACAAGUUUGCGAGAAGCCCACUGAGCAGCAACAUAAUGACAACUAUUUGGCAAAGAGAACACCUUCUGAAAGCAAAGAUCAAGGCAACUCGAAAAACGGCUCGGUUGAACGUCCAUCCACUCCUGUUGGUGGUUCCAACAAGCAACUGAAGAAAGACAAGGGGCCAAGCAAAGAAGAAUUGGCUAAGAAGGCAAGUGUGUACUUCAAGGAGAAAUUCUACUAUGACGAGCAGACCGAAGAGAUAAUAAACUGCAUCGACAGUGCUGUAAACGCGCCAGAUCAAUUCGCCGAGCUAGUUGAUGGAUUCCUUGAGUUAAAACUUCCAGAAAAGUCUUUAAAGGACGUGUGUAUCAACUUGCUUAUGGAGGUGUUGGACCGUGUGAGCGAUGUCUACCUGGAACGCGUCGUGCGUUUCUUGCAGACAUUGCGCAAACAGUCCAGCAUCAAACCGAACGUUGUGGUCGAAGUUUUCAAGCAGCUCGUUAACAAGAUGAACGAACGUGAAGCUCUAAACCCACGCAUUACCGCCCUUGUUGCAAAUGUGCUCAGCAAGGCAGUGUGCGAGGAGCCGGCAUUAAUUAAGUUAAAUGAUAUUGCCAAUUACACUGACAACGGGCAACACUAUCCGCUAUUUUUAUUGGUGCUGCAGCAGCUUCACAAAACAAUUGGAAAGGAAGCACUGGAGGAGAAGUUCCGAGCGAGUAGAAUCGAUUUAAUGAACAACUUACCGGAAGUGGAUCGGAAUAAAGAACGCAUGGCCGAAAUUUUAGAGGAUCGCCAGCUGGCUUUCCUUUAUCCAUUGCUUAAAGUGCAAUCUGAGAUGUUGAAACAGCUACAAGGCGAUCCCAAUCCAAAUAACUUCUACAAGUGGAUUAAGGCAAAUGUAGACAACAAAUAUUAUAAAGAUCCUGGUUUUAUUCAGGCCCUGAUGACGGUCAUUGUCAAAUACAUAACUAAGGAGACGACAUUGGCCAACAAUGUAGACCCAAAGGAACAUCCAGAGAAAUCAGUGACACAAAAGGAGCAAGCUAUGCUCGAAACAUACAGCCAGAUGCUUCAGACCUUUUUAAGCCAAAACGAAUUGCAACUAAUGGCGCUAUAUGCUCUACAACUUUUCUGCUAUAAUGAAAAUUUCCCCAAAGGUAUGCUUUGCCGCUGGUUCAAAUAUCUAUACGAUUCCGAGAUUAUUGAGGAAGAAGCUUUCGUUCUCUGGAAAGAGGAAAUUUCCGACAAAUACCCAGGCAAAGGGUCUGCGCUGUUCCAAGUGAACGCCUGGUUGACUUGGCUACAGGAAGCCGAAUCUGAAGAUGAUGAGGAUUAAGCACCUUAUAAACACUAUUUGUAUAUCACUGCUAUAUUUAUUCAAGAUUAACACAUUACGUAACGGAAAAAAGCUAGAAAAACAAAAAAAAAAAACAAGAAGGUUUAAAAUUGCGGUUGCAAGUCUUAGUCAAAUUGUAGUAAAAGAAAACAAAAAAUAACUCAAAACAAUACAGAUCAAAAUUAUUUGAUAUUCGUUCAAAAAAUCUUAAUCCAAAGUCAAUAAAAUGCAAUAGACGGAAACCACAAUUAUGAUAUUUAUCGGGAACCUAGCAAUCGCAGCAUUCAAGAGCUGCAUAAUUCAUUUGACGCGCGAAAUGUUAAACAAAAGUUUUUAAUUAUAUUGAAGUCCUAAUUGCUAACAUACAUACAUAUAACCAUAAAAUAGUGAAUUCCAUUUAUUUUACUAACUAAAAUGAAA